UCAGCCUCCUGUGAUCAGCACAGCUCAGGACUCAGGACCUUCUCCUGCAUCCCACAUCCUCCCUGCUCAGCCCGGACCCUGUGACCUCUCCAGGCAUGCUCAGCCAGAUGUGCCUUAUAGCCCUGGUGGGCAUGUGGAUGCAGUGGCUGCUGGUGAUGUGCCCUGCACUCUCUGCCUUUAAUUUGGAUGCUGACAGAGUCACUGUGUACAGCGGUCCUAGGGACAGUUACUUUGGAUACUCAGUGGAUUUUUAUGUGCCAGACUCCAUAACGGCCAGCGUUCUGAUUGGAGCUCCCAAAGCUAACACUUCCCAGCCAGAAAUAGUUGAAGGUGGAGCUGUAUACUAUUGUCCUUUUCCAGAUUCAGGGAUUAAUGGAUGCAAGCAGAUCCCGUUUGAUACUACUAAUAACAGAAAUAUCCGGAUAAAUGGAACCAAAGAGCCUAUUGAGUUUAAGUCAAAACAAUGGUUUGGAGCGACGGUCAGGUCCCAUAAGGAAAAAGUUGUGGCAUGUGCUCCCUUAUACCACUGGAGAAGUGCAAAGGCUGAUAAAGAAAAAGAUCCCAUUGGAACGUGUUAUGUCGCCAUUCAAAAUUUCAGCGCAUAUGCCGAAUAUUCUCCCUGCCGUGGACACAAUCCUGAUCCUGCCGGUCAAGGUGUCUGUCAAUCAGGAUUCAGUUUGGACUUUUACAAGAAUGGGGACAUAGCUUUGGGAGGACCCGGGAGUUUUUACUGGCAAGGACAAAUUUUCACGGCCAGCAUUGCGGAAAUAAUUCGAGGAUAUUCCUUUAGGAACAUUAUCAGGAAUUUGGUGGGAGAAAAGCAAACCAGAAUGGCCCCAUCUGAAUAUGAUGAUAGCUAUCUAGGAUACUCAGUUGCUGUUGGAGAGUUCACAGACGAUUCGGUACAAGAACUAGUGGCAGGAGUCCCCAGAGGUGCACAGAAUUUUGGAUACGUGUCCAUUAUUAGCUCUUCAGAUAUGACCUUCAUUCAGAACUUCACAGGUGACCAGAUGGCUUCUUACUUUGGAUAUACCGUUGCUGUUUCAGAUAUAAACAAUGACGGUCUUGAUGACAUACUAGUUGGAGCCCCACUUUACAUGGAUCGUGAAGUUGAGAGCAGUCCGAAGGAAGUUGGCCAAGUUUACAUCUACUUGCAAGAACGUGCUCUGGAAUUUAAAGAUGCCCAAGUAUUGAAAGGCACAGAUAUUUUUGGACGGUUUGGGAGCGCCAUUGCCCAUCUAGGCGAUCUGAAUCAAGAUGGAUACAAUGAUAUUGGCGUUGGCUCACCGUUUGCAGGCGAUGAUCGAAACGGCAGAGUGUUCAUCUACAAUGGAAAUAAAAAUGGGUUAAACAAAAAUCCUUCCCAAACCUUACAAGGAGCGUGGGCCUCAGAGUCAAUCCCCCCUGGAUUUGGCUUCACUCUGAGAGGCGAUUCAGACAUAGACAAAAACGAUUACCCAGAUCUAAUAGUUGGAGCUUUUGGCGCUGGAAAAGCAGUUGUUUACAGAGCGAGACCUGUAGUCACAGUCGAUGCUCAGCUUCUACUCCAUCCUAUGAUCCUGAACCCAGAGAAUAAAACAUGCCAGUUACCUACAUCGGACACUCUGGUGACCUGCUUCACAGUAAGAGUCUGCACGAAUGUUUCGGGACAAAGCAUUCCUCCCAUCAUUGUGUUGAAAGCUGAACUUGAACUGGAUUGGUUGAAACAGAAAGGUGCUGUGAAAAGGACCAUGUUUCUGGAUUAUAAUUAUGUCCACCGUGCCUUUGAUCUGGUUAUAGGAAAAAACAAGCGGUCAGAAUGUCAAAACUUUGUUGUUUAUCUCAGGGAAGAAUCUGAGUUCCGUGAUAAGCUCACUCCAAUUAGUGUGAACUUGAAUUACACAUUGGAUGAAACUGCUUUUCUGGGUGAAAUGGAUUUACGACCAAUAUUAAAUCGUUACAAGGACACUAGCAUCCAGCAGCAGGCGCACAUUUUGGUGGACUGUGGAGAAGAUAAUAUGUGUAUUCCUGAUCUGAUACUUUCAGCAAAAUCGGACAGGAGCCAUUUUAUUUUUGGAGAAGAGAACCACAUUCUAUUCACCAUCAAUGCAAGAAAUGAUGGCGAAGGAGCUUACGAAGCUGAGCUACAUGUUAACAUACCGCCGGAAGCAGACUAUGUUGGCGUUGAACGUAACAUAGAGGGACUGCGUCUACUUAAUUGUGAGUACAAAAUGGAAAAUGACUCUCGAAUGGUAGUGUGCGACCUUGGUAAUCCUAUGGCAGCUGGAACAAAUAUCCUGGUUGGCCUGCGGUUUGUUGUCCCACGAUUAGAAGAUGCAGACAGCACCAACUUCACUCUUCAAGUAAAGAGUUCCAACAAGGACAAUCCCAACAGUAAUUUUGUUAGCCUCCAGAUAAAUAUUACAUCUUUGGCACAAGUCGAAAUAAGAGGUGUGUCACUUCCGCCUCAAAUUCUUCUCCCUAUUCCCAACUGGGAACCGAAAGAAAAACCCACUGAAGAAGUUGAAAUUGGACCACUAGUUCAGCACAUCUAUGAGCUGCAUAAUAUAGGACCGAGUGCUAUCAGUGACACCGAUCUCAGCGUUGCGUGGCCGUCACAGAGCCGCGAAGAAUUUCUACUCUAUGUUUUUGAAAUUCAAACAGAAGGUCCUCUAAAAUGCCAACCAGAAAGUGCCAUCAACACCUUAAAAAUAAAGCCAAGUGAAGCAGAGGACACUCCAGGACUAGUUGCGUUCCUACGAAAUUCCAGUGUAUCUCAUGCUGUGAGCCGCAGGGAUGUAUCUGUGCCUGAGCCUCUUCGACAUAUUCCGAUACCAACAAAACUACUGAACUGCACAAAUGUGAAAUGUUUAUCAAUAUCCUGCAAAGUGGGCCGUCUAGAUGGAGGUCAACGAGCAGUAAUAAAAGUCAGAUCGCGCUUAUGGGCCCAGACGUUCCUCCAGAGGAAAAAUGACCACUAUUCACUCACUGCCAAUGUAUCAUUCGUAGUGAAGGAUAUGCCGUAUAAUAUUAGGCCGGCAAAGCUCCCUGCGGCAAGCAUAGCGAUAAAAACAUCGGUGAUCUGGGCCACUCCAAAUGUAUCAUUUGCCAUCCCUCUCUGGGUAAUCAUUCUGGCUAUUCUGCUUGGGUUGCUGGUUCUGGCUAUUUUAACGCUGGUGAUGUGGAAGUGCGGUUUCUUUGAUAGAGCACGACCUCCUCAGGGGGAUGUUACAGAUGACACGCAGCAACUAACCAACAAGACAGUGGAGGCUUGAUCAAUAACCCAAAUGCGUUCGAGUUAAGAAACGAGAUAAACAGUUAUUUUUCUACAAAGUUCUCUUUGUGAAUGUACCUGAGUCAUGACAAUGUCAUGAGUUGGAGCUGGCCAGAAACUCUACGAAUAUUCAUUGAAGAGCUUUUUUUCGUUGCCUUAAAAAAAAACAGAAAGAAAAACAUUCUCCAACACAGUAAUGGUUUGUUUUUUUACUUGAAUAGUCCCCAGAGUUUGUUUGGAUGUGUUGAAUAUGCAUGCUGUGUGCACUCUUAAGACAUUUUAUAGUUAAUUGACUUUCAGUAAGGCAGUGCCUUUAUUACUGUAACUCUGGGAUUUCACUAGCCUUAAGACCACUACUGUUACGUGAAGGGGUUUGUUUUUUGGACACCUACCUGAACAAAAUACACAUGAAUGGUUGGAAAUGAGUGGAUAAGCCUUUGGAAAUAUCUGGGAAUAUUGGGAAAGUUUGCAAAAAAAAAAAAAAACUUGUAAGAGAAGCACAAAUAUGUAUUUUUUCAUUAUCUCUUCGAGAUUUCAAGCAAUUACAAUGUUAUUGGCUCCUUGAAACACACAGCUGUAAUAUUGUCCUAAUAAUGGUAUUACCAGUUUUCCACCAAGCACCACUUUAUGGAAACAAAAGACAAAGGACUUGUAACACUUGCAAAAAAAAAAUGGCUUUAAGUUCGCCCUUUACAAUGAAGACUAUAUUGCCUUGAUCAGGAGUCACAAUGAAUUUACAGGACUAAAACGAAAGCUCUAUUUUCAUAUCUGUUGGCUGUAUUUUUCACACCAAAGACUACGACUUGCCUGUUACAAUGCAACAUGGCUUUCUGUUUGGACUGCGGUUAUGAGAUCCAGGUUUUCAGCGCAGAGCCCAAAAAGAAACAUUAAUUACAUGGAAAAGAAUGGUCUGCACACCAUAAUAUGCAAGUAAUAUCCUAAUGCGAUGUUCUAUGCCUCUUCAAGAGGCAACGGAGCCCAAGUUAAUGAGUAGAAAAUGGGUCAGGGCAAUGAAUGCACUUGCAGAUAUUUUGGAAUGAAAUAAAAUAUAAAAAGGAACCUACACAACAUCUAUUGAAGCAUAGGUCAUGACAAGUGAGAAGUAAUUAUCCCAUCUGGUCUGCACAUUUUCCUGUCUACCUUGAAACCUCACACAUAUUCUUUUCACAAAUUCUUACUCACACGCCAAUAUUUUUUUAACUUCCUUAACAUUUUUUAUUUAACCACUUCAGCAGGACAUCUAAUACACUCUAAGUAAAACAGCGUAUUGCCUUUCACUCUUCCACAUUCCGUCUGUAAUUUGCAAACCACUUGCUCAAGUGGUCUUCUUUAAAAACGCUUUCAAAACUAUUUUUUUUUAUAUGUUAAGUAUGUUUU